AUGUCUAGACCGGUGGUUCGGCCACAGUGGCAGUUGGCUGCACUGGCAGCACAACGCCGUGAUAACGAGCUUCGAAAAGCAGAAGAACUAAAGAAGAUUGCGAAUUACUUUGAGGCCAAUACAAACAAGUCUCGGCACCAUGAGCAGUGGACGACAGAAGGGUACUAUGAGAAAGCGAACAAAGAGGCAGUGGAACUGAGUGAAAGGAAAAUACGAGCUGCUCAAUUAGAAGAACGUCGCAAAAAACUGGAGCUGAUGUUGUUUCAAGAAAACAUGCAGUAUCAGCAAGAGUUGAAGACACUGGGUGCACAACCUAAAUAUUACAAAAAUGGCUCCUACCUUAACAAAGUACCAACCUCCACUCUCCAAGAGAUCAACCAAGGCAUCAUGGCCAAGGAAGAGCAGCUCAGAAGACACGAGGCUGAGCUGAGACUGCACCACGCGUGGCGACUGAGGCAGCCGGAGUUGAGAGCUGCAAGCUCAUACAUAGCUGCUGGGAAGUGCAAGUCUGCAUGGUUGGAGCAAAUCGUAGAAAAAGAAAUGGAAAAGAAAAAAGAAGAGGAAGAAAACAUAAAGAUUUUGCAAGAGAGAGACGAGGCGCUGCGCCGCCAGAUACAGAUAGAAGAAGACAGGCUGAGGGACAAGGAGCGCCAGAUGAGGGAGCUUCGCGAAGGACUCGAAGGGCAAAUAGCUGAGUUUUCAGAAAAAGAGUCGAUCGUUAAUAAACUAAGAAAAGCAGAAGAGAGAGAGAAGAUGAUACUAGACGAGCUCCAGUUCAUAUCGAGUGAAAGAGAAAAAGAACACGCGAGACUGGUGGCGGAAAGGGACGCAAAUAUCGUGAAUAUGGGCUUGCACAAGUAUAAGUUGAAGAGGAAGGUGAUCUCUGUGCUGAAGGAGAUUGAGUUGGAUUUGGAUAUGCUGGCAAAGAUAAGAAGAGCUGUUAUAAAGGAUCUAGGAAAAGAACAAGAAAAGUCGGCCAGUUAUAAAAGAGUACUUGAUACGGCGCUACGCGAGUUAGAAGAGUACAAGGAUAAGGAGAGACAAAGACAGAAGAACAUCGAGGCUAUGUACGACGGUGAAGCGAGGCAGAUAAACGAGAAACAAGAUAAGAUGUUCAAGGGUCUAUUCUAA